AUCAGGAAGUGGUAUUCACAGAACGUCACGAAAUGUGAACGUCUUAGAGUUUCUACAAUUGUCUUGGAUUCUAUUAUUAUUAUUAUUAUUUUUUUUUGCUUUCACGACUUUGUGGCUGUAAGCGGCUUUUUGAUGGAUAGCAGUAAUGUGAUCGCGAAAGCUCUGCUUUUCCUCGUGCUGAGUCUUCAUCAGGCAUUGACGGUCAGUCACUCUCUGCAGUACUUCUAUACUGCAGUCACUUCAGGAAUAAAUUUCCCAGAGUUCACUGCUGUUGGUCUGGUGGAUGGACAGCAGUUUGUGUACUAUGACAGUAACAUCAGGCAGAGUAUUCCUAAAACAGAGUGGAUAAAGAAGGUUGAUGAUGAUGAUCCAGACUACUGGAACAGAGAGACACAGAUUCAGCAGGAUUCUCAGGAGACCCUCAAGGUCGAUGUGGCUACUGGAAUGGAACGCUUUAAUCAGACUAAAGGGGUUCAUACAGUGCAGUGGCGGUAUGGUUGUGAGCUGGAUGAUGAUGAUGGAACCAAAAGAGGAUACGAACAGUACGGCUAUGAUGGGGAAGACUUCGUCAGUCUGGAUCUGAACACCCUCACCUGGACUGCAGCUAAUGAUAAAGCUAAAAUUACCAAACACAAGUGGGAUUCUCAUAUUGGGAACAGUGUGAGCAUAAAGGACUACCUGCAGAACACCUGUAUCGAGUGGUUACAGAAGUAUGUGUCUUAUGGCAGAGACACUCUGGAGAGGAAAGACCCUCCUGUGGUGAACCUGUUCCAGAAGGACUCCUCUUCUACAGUGGUGUGUCAUGCUACAGGUUUCUUCCCCAGAGGAGUGAUGAUCUCCUGGCAGAAGAAUGGAGAGGAGCUGUAUGAGAACGUGGAGCUCACAGAGACGUUACCAAACCAGGAUGGAACCUUCCAGAAGAGAAGCAUUCUGACAGUCUCACCUGAGGAGCUUCAUAAGAAUGACUACACAUGUGUAGUUCAUCACAGUGGACGGGAGAAAGUGCUGAGAGUGGCUGAUCGCAGAGUCCUGAACACAGGUGGAGUUUUGGUUGUUGUCAUUGCUGGUGUAAUGGCUACUCUCCUGGUCCUCAUUGGCUGUAUUGGAUUCUUCAUCUGGAAGAAGAAUGAGAAGCCAUUUGCCUCUGAUGGGGAAUCAUCCACCAGAUCCUCAGAGUCAUUGCAGAGUUCAAACGGCUUAAAUUGUGGUCCAAGAACCUUCAGUACAUCUUCUGAUGGAACAUCGUCCACCAGCUCAAAUGAGUCCAUCAGCAGCAACGCCCCACUGAUUUCAAAAUAAAGGAAGAGUUCAUGAUGGAAGAAUUCAGAAGACACAACUGUAGAUUCAAAUUCAAAUCUUCAUCAAACUGGAUAUUAAGUGGGUCAAGUGCCACCCUCAUCCAUGUCAUUACUCAGCCAUGAACUUCCUGGCUCCGCCCCCUGCUCAUGCCACUCCCCUUUCUGAGGACAUCCACCUGUUUCUUCUUAGUCUCUCCUUGCCUCACCUGCAGCUCAUAUUUAGUCAUGCUACAGAUCAGAGUCAUUUUCACGAUUUACUAGAAGAGACUUGUAUAAAGUUUGAAGAUUUUGUUAGAACAGAAGUGAUUCAGUGAUUCAGCUGUAAGAAGACUGUUGGAGUAGCAGCAUGAUCAGACUGGGCUGUGGGGAAAGUAAUGAUGCCUAUGAUGCAAACAGAUAUAUAUAUGUAUAUAUAUAUUUUUUUUUAUGGGUGAAUAAGUUUGAUUUUAUCUCUAAAAUUGAGCUAAAAUCGGAAAAAAAGCAAAAGUGCCUUAUAGGUGUUUUUUCUAAACUAUUAUAGCUUUACAAUCUUUAAAGCUUUAAUAUUCUGUAUUAUGGAUCUGAUGAGAAGAGAAAUAAUGAACACUGUAUAUAUAAAAUGUAUUUUAAUGCAAUAAAAUGUUGUUUGGUGACA